AUGAGCCCGACUCCCGAUUCAACCAACCUCCAACCACAGUCCGAACCUGUCUCGGACACACGCUCAGCCGCGCAAGACAUCCCUCAGCAAUCGACUCUACAGGUCGAAAUUCCCGCAUCUACACCAGUCGAGAUGUCCGACCUUCCCUCUAAACCCCCUCCCUCAGAUCCCACCGAUUCUACUUCCUCUCCGCCAGUAACAAAGACCACCUCGACCGAUUCCUCGGCACAUCCCCAUGGCCCUCAAAGAGUAGAUACCAGGACUGCCAUCGACCAAUCCUUAAAUCCGGAACCCUCUCCACCCCUUGUCGACGGCUCCGCCGUGACGAGGACUUUCUCCACCGCCAUCGGACCCUCUUCGGAUUCUCCAGUCGUACCUACGAAAGACAGCGAGACCACCGGCCCAGUCCUACAGGUAACCCUCCUCCUCACUUCAGGGGCCAGACACCCCUUCAAGCUCGACAGUAAAUACCUGAACAAACGAAGUGUCGACGUUCCCGGUGGCGAUCCCUUCAAUCUAAGCGUUUACAAGUUGAAAGAACUCAUCUUGCGAGAAUGGCGGGACGAAUGGGAGGCCAAACCCAGCAGCCCCAAUUAUAUCCGUCUGAUCAGUUUUGGGAAGUUGCUUGAUGACAAAGCGCCAUUAAAAGAUUACAAGUUCAGUGCGGAAGCACCUAAUGUGCUACACAUGACAAUUAAACCUCAGGAUUUUGUUGAGGAGGAUGAUGCCAAAGGUGGCAAAUCCAGUCUCUCCAACAAUCGCGAGGCAGAAGGUCGAAGUCCAGGAUGUCGCUGUGUCAUCAUGUAA